CCAAAAGCGGUGCUCUGCAGCACAUUCAGAAAUCCAGGGAAGAGAGGGAGGCUGCUGCUACUGCUUUUCACCUGGUUUUCCUGUAAGAGAUGCACAUGUAGGAAAACAAGUGGACUAACAGACACAAUACAGAGUCCCAAUUUCUCCCUGGUUAUCGGGUUGCAGCCAAAAGGCAGAAGACGAGGCAUCCUUACUCACCAUCGUGAACGCGUUCUCAUGGAGAGAGAGAGAGAGUUUGCUUCUUGAGCAGAAGUUUAUACGACUCCUUAAACAUCGCUGUUUACGAGGUUUUCCUUUUUUUCUCUCAAAUUUAGCAUCAGUCACAGGGAUUGAGGGGGUGAAAACCAUUCCACGCAUGUUUCAGGUGGAAUAAUCACAUCUGUGGAACUUCAGUGUGGAAGAUUCUGGAGUCCGCUCUAUUGUCAUGAGAUUGAUGUGAACUUUUGGCUUGGAACGGUGUACCGCAGUUUGACCACAAUGAAGGACGACUUCACUGAUGAAGAGGAAGUGCAGUCUUUUGGCUACAAAAGGUUUGGUAUCCAGGAAGGAAGUGAAUGCACUAAAUGUAAAAACGACUGGGCCCUGAGGGUGGCGAUUGCUCUUCUGUAUGUACUUUGUGCACUGCUGACCAUAGCUGUGGCUGUGCUUGGAUACAAAGUGGUCCAAAAGAUGGAUAAUGUAACGGAGGGUAUGGAGAAUUAUGGAGGGAAAAUAAUGGCUGUAGAGACGGACCUCAAGAAACUUGAUUAUCAAACGGGAGAGAAGUCAGAGAAUGCCACCAGUGAACUGCUCUCAUUCAAGUUGGAAAUUCAGAGCUUGCAGAAGCAGCUCAGCGACGUUGCUGUGAAGGCUUCUAACAACAGAGCUAUUCUCAGUGAGCUACGGCUAGCUGGCGAGGACAUGCAGAGUGGACACCAGUCAUUGCGAGAGCUGUUGGAGAGCAAUGCCAAUGUCAUUAGCAAAGUAAACCGCACCUUAAACUCAUACAGCGGCCUGAUUGACGCACUAAAGACGGACACAGCACGGCUCCAGAUGGCUCUUCAGGUGCAGACGAGCGAACAGGGCCGAAACACUCACAACAUCAGCACUCUGAACUUCACCCAGACCCAGCAGAGGAGCCUCAUCAGCUCCCUCCAGAGGUCGGUGGAGGACACUAGCCAGGCUGUCCAGAAGCUUAAGAAUGACUAUCAGAGCCUUCAGCAGGUGGCUAGGCAGACCAAAGCGGAUGCCGACUGGCUGAAGGAGAAGGUCCAGAACCUUCAAGCCUUAGCUGCUAACAAUUCUGCGCUGACUCGCUCUAACAGUGAUGCUCUGGAGGAUGUGAACUCUCAGUUGAACUUGAUCUCAGAGCAGGUGCAGAACGCCUCGGCCAUCGCCGACAGCCACGACCAGAGCCUGCGUGAGCUCAUGGACCAGCAGCGAGACCACGACAAUGCCACCUCCCUGAAGUUUGAUGCACUAGAGGCACGUCUUGACCAUAAUGAGGAGGAAAUGGACCGCAUAACAGGGAACGUGAGCUUCACUACGCAACUGCUUGGAGUGAUCAGCAUGGACCUGAGUGGUCUUCGCAGCUGCUCCGAGACGUUAGCCCGGCACUCGGACCUGCUGCUGGGGCUGAACGGCAGUGUGGCAGAAACCAGAGCCGACAACACAGAGCUCAAAACCCAGCAGGAAGAACUCGCCGCCAGGCUCGACAAAGAAGUCAGCAGCCUCUCCAUAGUCAUGGAGGAAAUGAAACUGGUCGACAGCAAACACUCGCAGCUCAUCACCAAUUUCACUAUCCUCCAGGGUCCUCCUGGUCCAAGAGGUCCUCGGGGAGACAAAGGGUCCCAGGGGCUGCCUGGCAAAGCUGGCCAGAAAGGAGAAAAUGGUGAGAAAGGAGCACCUGGUGUUGCUGGGCCUAAAGGAGAAAGGGGACCGAUAGGGCCUCCUGGUGUACCAGGAAUGAAAGGGCCACCUGGAUCAAGAGGAAGCACUGGGUCAAAGGGUUCUCGAGGAUCAGGGGGCAGGGCGGGGCCAUCAGGAGAGAAAGGUGAUCCUGGUAUACCUGGUCUGCCUGGAAGAGAUGGUCAGCCAGGUCCUCAAGGGCCACAAGGGCCGCAAGGACUUAGAGGGCCAGCUGGGCCUACUGGGCCUGCGGGACUGGAUGGACCCCGUGGGCCCCCUGGCCCACCUGGACCUCCUGGAUUACCAGGAUUUACAACACAAGUAGUUGUGCCCCCGGUAGAGCCACAAGGCUUUGUCAGCCGCCAGGUAGCGCCACCCCCUACAAGUACACCAGGGUGUCCACCUCAGUGGAAGAGCUUCAGAGACAAAUGUUACUUCUUCUCGUCAGAGAAAUUGGACUUUAAUGAGACGAAGGAAAGAUGCAACAACAAGAGUUCAACUAUGCUGAUAAUCAAUGAUGAAGAUGAGCAGCUGUGGAUAAAGAGGCAGAUUUCUGGAAAGGGCUACUUCUGGCUGGGUCUCACUGACAUUAUUGAUGAAAACAUCUGGAGAUGGGUGGACGGGACCCUGCCCAACUAUACGAAAUGGAAGCCUGGACAGCCUGAUAACUGGAGCCAUGGUCACGAGGCUGGGGAGGACUGUGCAGGGUUAAUACACGAGGGCAGCUGGAAUGACUUUUUCUGCACAGAACGCAUUGGUUUCAUUUGUGAACGAACUAAUGAAUUCAGAGUUCCAGUUUUAUAGCACCUGUUGUGAAUGAACAGAGAAUUUUGGACAAGACAAUCACAGAGACAGUUCAGAAGACUCCUGGCACAGUAUCCUCUCACAAAGCAUGAACGAUCGCUUUGCCCGGAGAUCCACAUGUGUGACAGACCCAAAAGCAAAUGUCAUUGACAAUCACAGAUGAUUCAAGACUGCAAACUAUACAAUACACUGAUAACCAGUCAUGUUAAUGUUUAGAUUAAGAAAAAGCUGUAAUGUAUUGUAAUCAUGUGAUUGUAAAUACCUGUUUCACCGGUUUCAUUAACAAAGCUGAUGCCACAUUACUCCAGUGCAAUACCAUAGCUGCUUUAAUUAAAAUAAAGCUUUUAACAGCCAACCGUAAAGCUACAAAUAAUAUGUUGAUGGGUUUUAAUGACUGUAAUCCAAAAGUUGUUCACACCAGAGUUUUAUCUCCUACAUCUUGGACAUCACUGAUGUGAUUUUAUUAAUAAAUCUUUAAAGCUUUUAAUUUUUCAAAAUAUUUGAUUAUGCAGUAGCUAUGUAUAAAAUAGUUGUGUAUUUUAAUACAUGUACAUGUAUGUAGUCAUCAUCAAAGACCAUGUUUUUUAUCGGAAAUAAAAUAUAGUUGGUAUUUUUCAA